GGUGGUGGUGAUGAUCCUCGUGUACUCAUGUUUACUCACGUGUUUAUUUCUGUAGGCUUUAAAGUAGAUUACUGUUUAUUGCUGUUUUAUAGUAAACUUUUAUUAAGAUGGUUUUAGAGGCACAUUGCAGUGGAUAAUAACUGGAGGCACAACAUUCCCCAGAAUGCAUUGCGGUUUUGUGAUCCUGCCCCUCUGGGUUUAGCGGUAUCUCGGAUCAUAGUGAGCGCACAGAUCAUAGUGAGCACACGGAUCAUAGUGAGCGCACAGAUCAUAGUGAGCACACGGACGCGCGUGCAGGACCGUUAUUGUGGUGUUUACUGUCACUGGCGAUGGCAACGGCUCUGUCACGUGCGCUCAAACUGCCAGGGAAGAAGGGCUCGGAGCUGGGUGAGUAUGACCCCUUGACCCAGGUGGACAGUGAGGAUGACAGUGAGGAAGAUGACCUUGUACUUAAUUACCCACGGAACGGUCUCACAUCCCAUUCACGCACUGCCACACUCAGGCUGGGACAGGAAGGGGCGGAGCUACAGGAGGAGGAUGAGGACGAGGGGGACACAUGGAGGCAUGGAGGUGGGAAGGACAGGAGGUGCAAAGCAGGGGGUGUGGCUGAUGACAGUGUGGGGUUGGUCAGUGAAGAGGCGGGGCAGAAGGCGAAGGUCCAGGCGGCAGUGCGCACGGCGGCGUUUGUAGUGCCACUGAUCGGCGCCGCGAUGUUCGUCCUGCUGUUCGCCUUCUUGUUGCCAUGCCAACGAAGGGGCUCACAAAGACAGAAUGAGUGGGAGACUGAAGUGGGACAUGCAGGCGGUGUGACGUCACCUCCCAUGGCAUUGUGGGAUGUAGACGGGGACGGAGUGGAGGACUUAUUACUCUCAGUCAUGAGGAUCAACAACAGCAGCCAGCAGAUCAGUUACUCAGCAAACAUCAAGGAGUACAGUGUAGUAGCCCUACAUGGAGUGAACGGCUCAGUGAUGUGGACUCGCUCUCUGAAGGAGCCGCUCUCCUCUGUGCAGUGUUCAGCUCCUAACACCUGCCUGCUCAUCACCUCAACACUCCUGAGCAGUGUGAAUGCAUCUACAGGUAAGAAGUUGUGGGAGGUGCCAGCAGGAGAUGAGGUGGUGUCACAGGCUGUGGCUGUUCCUGAUGUGCAGGGAGAUUCUGUUCCAGACCUGCUGAUCGCUACUGUAGACCAGGAAUCAGUUAUCUCUCUAGUCCUGCACUCGGGGUUGACGGGCUCUCUGAUUGGCCAGCCGGUAAACUUUAACUUCACAACACAGGGAAAGCUGAUUGGUCCCUUGCUGCAUGAGACAGUGUUGGGAGCGUACUACAUCCUGCUAGGAAUCGGUAAAGUGGAGGCGGUGUCUCUGAGAGAUGUUUAUAGAAAUGUGACAGGCCACACGACCGCCCCCCCGAGUCUCAGUGUGAAGGACCCUGUGUGGGAGAAGCAGAGGAAGAACAACUCAUCUACACUCAUCCCCAUCUACAGUGGUGUUGAUCAGGUUUUGUAUUUUCUCCCCUUGGUAACUGGAGUGUGUAAUAACCACAAUAACCUGGACGUCGACUCGAGUCGUAACUCCAGCCGCAGUGACUGGGUGGUGGUGAGUGUGAACAGUCAGAUCUCCGUCAUCCGAGAGAGAGACAUACACACCACCUGGACCGUUAACUCCUCCUCCAUACACAGUCAUCCUGCUGUUGGCUAUUUUAAUGAUGAUGGAGUUCCUGAUCUGCUAAUCCAGCAAUCUGCUAAUGGCAUCCGAAAGGUCCAGAUUAUUGAUGGAGCUCAGGGACAGAUUCUGUGGGAGGCGGAGUUUGUUUGUCCCCGCCUUGUUCUGGAAGGUUCUACCAUUCUGACCACAUCCGGCCAGUCAGCGUUCCUGUUCUGGGCGGGUGAUCCACUUCCUCUAUCGAAGAAUGUUACCAAGGUAAGCCCACCUGAGCCAUUCCUUCGCAGACUUUUCCUCCUCCACCCAGCAUAUCCCACAAUCCUUCAGGAGCUCACCAGCACCACUGACACAGCACUCACAUCUGCAGUGAGUUAUGAUGAUGAGCAGAAGGAUGUGUCCUACGUGGUGGUCGUGUCGCGGCCCGUCUCAGGUCUCGGUCCUGGGGUUCAGCUGGUGAAGAGUGUGAGUGUGAGCGCGUCUCUGACCAGUGCUACGACCGUACGCCUGAGUGAUGACACACACACUCGCGCACACACCACCUUCCAGAUCAACAAGUUCUUCAGAAGCCUGGCCUUCAGACGCCAGUGAGAAGGUGUAGGACACGGAUCAGGACACGGACACGGAUCAGGACACGGAUCAGGACACGGAUCAGGAGGUUCACACCGAUACCUAUUUAUUCAUAUUAUUUAUUUAGAUGAUGAUGAUGAUGAUGAUGAAGAUGAGAAUCAGUGAGGAGUGUCAACGUUCCAAAUCAAUAAUAUGACCAUGAAACACAGAUGAAACUCACUUUACUCAACAGGAGCUACGUUGCUAAGGGUAACGCUAACACUAGUGUGGGACAGUGGGACAGUGUCUGUAGUUACAGAUGUAGUAUAAAUAGAUUACUUUAGCAGAUUAAUAAAGCAGCGUUAGCACUGAGCGCCGCUACGUGCUGAUCCACACCACGUCAGUGUGCUGAGCACAUGCUUUAGUAGCAUUAGUGAUAUCGGUGUAUGCUGUAGUAGCUAACGUAAUGCUAAUGCUAAUGCUAAUGUAACAUUAAGCUCCUAUUCAGAGUUUUGCUUGUUUCUUCUUGGACCAUUGAUUUUUGUAUUAAAAUGUUUUUCAUUUUGUUCUUUUUA